GAUGCCUGUCUCGUCGCCUGAAGGCCGCGCCGCCGUCCUCGAGAAGGCCGCCCACGGCAUCCAAGAGCUCAUCAACUGGGCGCAGCAGACGACGCCGGGCGGCAAGUUCCUCCCCAAAACGACCAACUGGACCUUCGAGGCCUGCCGCUUCGAGCUCGACCUGAGCGGUGUCGGCACCUUUGACGAGCUCAUCCAGCUCUACAAGGACCCGAGCGACACAGCCGCGACGCUCAACUACGUGCAUGUCGACAAGUCCCAAGAGCUCUUCCCGCUCAACGAGCCGGGCAUGGACAUCUCGCUGCGCUGGGGCUUCUUCCGCGCGCCGCUGCCCUUCAUGCGCGACCGCAGCGCCACGUACAUCGAGUACACCAAGGAGUUUACGGACCGGUUUGGCCGCCGCGGCUUUGCGCGCUACAUCCGGUCGCACGCGCUCGGCGCAGUCGACACGCGCUUCGUGCACACGGAGAUUCGGUCGUGGGGCGUCGUCAUCGUCGAGACCGCGACGCCCAGCAUGCUCCACGUGAGCAGCACGGUCGACAUCGACUGGAACGGCAACAUGCCAUCAUGGGUCGCGACCAUGAUGACCUCUCGGCGCGCGCAGAGCAUCAAGGCGCUCGCGACCGUCCUCCGGACCUCCAAGAAGAUAGCGCUCAAGCGCUGCGGCAUCUGCUUCACCAAGCCGUCGACGUGGAAGAAGCAGUCGGCGCUCGUGACGUGCUACGACUGCGACAAGCUGGUGUGCAUCGAGUGCCGGUCCAUCCACUCGCAUGCGUCGGGCGUCUCGAGUUGCUGGGGCUGCGUGAGCCACAAAACCAAGUUGCACCUCCAGGACAAAAGCGUCCGGAGCAAGUCGGCGGCCACGGGCGACUCGGAGACGCCGCCGCCGUCGUGCAUGCACAAGUCGCCACCGGCGCGCUUCUCGCAGGCGACGGCCGAGUGGUAUGGGGAAGAGCGGCCCACGAACGACCACGUCGACCUCUCGUACCUCCCCACAUUCCACCGCCAUACCACCGCGUCGUCGUCCUAG